CGCGCACGAAAGGUAGAGGCUGCAUGGCUGGCACGGCCUCACGCUGUGGAGUCGUCGUGUAGCGUGUGUUGUGGCCCCGUUCUACGUGGUGCUUCGAGAAGACGUCCCUGGCAUUCCCAGGCAGUCGGUGUUCGUAGAUCCGCCGAGGUUUAAGUGUCGGAUUCGUGGCGAGUGCGGCAACUCUCCAGUUUCGUGGAGGUAACAGUGUUGGGACUCGGGAGAGCGUGCUUAGGGGGACCACCUGCUGCCGUGCGUCGGGGAUAUUUUGGCGGCGCCGAGGGGUGCGCCGAGCUGCUGCUUGUGCUUUUACGACUACGUGGAGAAGGUCGGCAUCAUGCUGCUUUUUGGAUACAUGUCCCCGUGGGAUGUUGCAAGCUACGUCGCACCUAGAACCAACACAGGACCCCUGAUCUUACGGAAGUCGGCCGCUGAGGCCCCGCGGGCCUGAGGAGCUCCGCCAUGUCCCCAGCGCCGUCGCCGGCCAAGGCCGCGCCCAACGCCAGCGCGGCCAGCGUGGCGCACAACAUGAUGAUGGUGCCCCGCUGCACCAUGUCCAUCACGCGCACCAAGGGCCUGCUCAACAUGCCCGGCCAGAACAACUGCUUCCUCAACAGCGCCGUCCAGGUGUUAUGGCACCUGGACAUCUUCAGAAGAAGUUUCCGAGAGCUGAGUGGACACAUCUGCAUGGCCGAAUCCUGCAUUUUUUGUGCGCUCAAGGAGCUUUUCGCCCAGUUCCAGUACAGCCAAGAAUCUGCGCUCCCGCCGGACGCCUUGCGGCGGGCGCUUGCAGAGACGUUCUUUGACCAGAGGAGGUUCCAAUUGGGCUUCAUGGAUGAUGCCGCUGAAUGCUUUGAAAACAUCCUUCAGCGCAUCCACUUCCAUAUCGCGAGCCAAGAGGUGGAGGACAUGUGCAGUGUCAACCACUGCAUACCACACCAGAAGUUUGCAAUGACUUUAGUUGAGCAGACAGUCUGCCAUGUCUGUGGGGCGUCCUCGGAGCCACUGCCUUUCACUCAGAUGGUCCACUAUGUCUCUGCGUCAGCGCUAUGCCUGCAGGCCUCCAUCAGCCAUGGCAAGGAACAGAAGCCAGUUUCUUUCGGAGAGCUGUUGAGACGAGCUGGAGGCAUGGGAGACAUCAGGGACUGUCCGAGUUCUUGUGGUGCUAAGAUACAAAUAUGCAAGACCCUCAUGAACAGCCCUGACAUAGUGAGCCUAGGCUUGGUGUGGGAUUCUGAAAGACCCAGCGUAGACCACAUCAUAGAUGUUCUGGAUACCAUCGGGAUGACCAUCAACAUGAAUGAGAUGUUUCAUACAGUGGUUGAUAGGUGGGCGGCCUCAGUGACUCAUCAUCUCGUUGGCAUUGUCACCUACUACGGCAAACACUAUUCCACAUUCUUCUUCCACACGAAACUCUGCGUCUGGAUCUACUUCGAUGAUGCCACUGUCAGAGAGAUUGGCCCUCACUGGCAGCAAGUAGUGGACAAGUGCCGCAGGGGACACUUCCAGCCUUUGCUCCUCCUCUAUGCCAAUCCAAGCGGAUCACCUGUGUGCACGGCCAAUGCCCCAACUACAGUGAUCCACUACAUGACGGAGCACAAGAGGAAGCAGACGGAACCCAAGAAGGUGCACCAUGAGAAGCACCACUACGGCCAACAGUCUGCGCAGAACACCGAAUCGUUCCAUCCGUGUGCCACUUCGGGAGGUGUCGGCGACAGUUCUCAGUGGACGCGCGGCAGCGGCAUGCAUGGCAAGAAGGCCUACAAGAGCAUCAACAUGGGAGGACGUUCGGCGCACGACACCCGGCACAACGGCAUGGGUCCUCAACUUCACUCGGCGCAGAACCAGUACCCAAAGCCCAGAAUGCGGACCUACUCGGACACGUCCAUCAUGUCGGAGCAUCCGUCCGAGCCAUCUUGCAGCAACAGCUCCGACGUAGAGUUCAAGCGCCCUUCCGACACCCUGCGGCGGUUGGUUAGGCGAGGAAGCACCGAAGCUGCCCUGGAGGCCGAGCUCAACAACACGUACAUCAGCCGACAAGCUGUGGAGAGCGUGCUGAACCUUCAGCGCCUGCAGAGACAGCGGUCUCUGAAUGGCGUCAACGGAACCGUGGUUCCAGGCAGUCGGAACAGUAGCAGCAGUUUGGAGUCCUUCGAGAACUCUCUUCAGAUGAGAGACAAAGGUUCCGACUGCCCUGAUGGGGCGUGCCGGCGGAGGGACUCAGGAAAUUGGAGCGGAGAUCGGAACAGUGCCAGCUCUGCGAGCAGUACGUCCCUGGAUGGGUCUUACUACUACAUUGCUGGAGCCAAGAGGGCGUGUGGAAGUCCUGGCCGCACGGUGAACAAUUUCUCCAAGCACGAGUACAUGAACGUGGGAGUGUUUGCAGACCAGGGCUACGAUUCCUACUCCCUAUCCAGCACCGACAGCUACCCUUCUGUCGGUCUCCCCGGAUCCCCAGCCAAGCUGGACCCACGCUUAAAGAAAAUUCCAGAAGCCACACAGAUUCCAGACAGCUUGGAAAGUGCCAUUCACAACUCACUUCUGCAAGGGAGUGACUCUGCAUCUGAUACAGUCUUUGAUGAGGAUGUCAUUGGGAGCAAAUACGAAGGUGCUUCAGGAGACUGUGACAAGCUCUGUGCUCAGGCUGAGCUUUUCCUGAAGAAGUCCUAUGAAAAGGAGCAGGCUGGAGACCUUCCCUUGGCUUGUUUCUUCUGUGAAUCUGCUGCAGCCAAAGCAAGGCUUGCCAUGGAUGCUCCGUACAGCAAUACCCAGUCUCUGGUCGCUGCCAAAAUGAAGCACAGCACCUGCAUCAUGAGGUCUUCUGCCCUCUGCAAGCGGAUCAAGGAAGCCGAGAUGGAGGAGCGUCGCCGAAUCAAGGAGUCGAGCGGCCAUGACGUCCACCACAGUCGACAGGGCAGCCGCGACAGCACCCACAGCCGCCAGAGCCAGAAGGAGGGCCAGCACGCUCGCCAGGGCAGCAGAGACAGCUCGGGCGGGACAAUCGUGGAAUGCUCCGACAGGCCAGUAAAGAACAUAGAGAUCUACGCAACUCUCCCCAAGAAAGGCUCAAAGAAGAAGAGCGGUGCCCUCCUCUCGCAGAUGUCGGUUCGCCUCAGGGAAGACGUUGAGAUCUACAAGGAUUUCCUCUCUAAGCAGUGGCAGAACAGCAGUGGCAAGGACGAUUCUGCGAGGGUGAUGUCCGACGGCGAGUACCCCGUCAACUCCAGGUCGAAGAUCAGAGACGGGACGAGCAGCCUGAGCAAGGCAAGCACCAUGCGGUCGAAAGACUCCGAGUUCAGCGACUACUCGAGCGAGUGGGAGCAUGCAAGGAAGCCCGCCCUGCAUCGUACUCUGUCCAACCCGGCGGGGAUGAAGAAUCGCGACGAAGAGGACAAUGCCAACGCUUCGGGGUCUUCGGCCUCCGCGAAGAAGCAGCACAAGAUCAGAAGGAAGCUGAUGGGUGGCUUCAUGAGGCGCAAGAACCGGAGCCUGCCAGACCUCCGCGAAAACAAGGAUGCCCCACAGACGGAGUCGAGGGCCCUGGACGACAACGUAAUCUUCGACUCGCCCGGCGGGGUUGCUCCAAAACCGUGCCAUGAUGACGAUGCCGACGGGAGGGAAGACCAUUCUGCGACCAUCAACAGCCGUGGAUUCCACCAGCCGCAUCGUGCCUUUGUCAAUCGGGCACUGUCACAGCGGCCACUUCUGACUAAAGUGGACCCUCCUCAUGUCGAAGUGGCCAGAAGCCCGAGCCCCAUCAAGUUCAAGCACAGCCCAAAGGUCGAGCAUAGCGACCUCUACGAGCCGGCCGGCUAUGCUGCUGCCCUUCAUCAGCACUCGGCGGUUUGCACCAAACGUGAUAAGGUUGCCGAACAGCCAAGAGGGAGCUUGAGCAGCAACGAGUUUCCUCCUCCGCCCAGUCCACUUCCCAGUCAGCUGGACGAAGAAAUUGAAACGGCACUGGAAGCCAACUGUUUUCUGCGGGAACUUCAGAUCAAAAGGACGCAGAUCCUGAGCACAGUACCCAAGGCAACAGAAAGUGCAAGAAAGCUAAGCAGCGAGGCCUACGGUCAAGGUGCGUUUCAUCCAGAGAUUGACCAGGCUUCUGCUGAAAACAGCUGGCUUCGGGAGCUGCAGUCCAAGCAGAUGUCAAUGCUCAGGAGAAGUGACCGGCCAGAAGACAAUGGGACUACCAAAGAGCAAGCACUGGCUGCCUUGGCACAAGCCUUCCAGCAGUCUCUUCCCAGGCCUGCUUCUCCAGUAAAAACCAAAGUGGUACUCCAAGCUGACAGAGCAAACAGUGCCUCCCAAACCCAAGCCAUGCCUCGACAGAUCCCGGACGUGCCUCCACGACAAGAGUCCGAGUCAGAGGAAGUGAAACCCAGAUCUGUGAAGGACCUGGCAUCGCGGUUUGAAAAAAUUCUUAAACCUGCCAUGCUGGAUCCAGAGAGGCCCAUCAUUCCCGACGACCUCACAAUGAAAAUGAGCCAAGACAUCCAGCCACCCUCUGGUGAACAUCUGUCCAAUCCAGCAGCAAGCGGCUCUGAACCAAAGGAAUCCCUUCACCAGUCCCCAAAUGCAAAUUCAUCAUCAACAAGUGGCAUAGGAAGAAGGGACUUUCCAGUUACUUGCCUACCAUCAGUAGAUGUUGAGCUGCAGACCAAAUGUGUUCCCACGUCACAUUUUCCCCAGUCAUCAGUGCCAUCAUCCAACAUAAACAGCUUGCCACGAGCACUUCAUCAGCCGCCAUUUGUUUCCAGCUAUCAGCAGGCAGUUGCGCCCGUCGUUCCGGUGCACUCGUCCCAUCCACAACACCCUGCCAUGCCUCUGAAUUACCAUAACCCUGCACAUCAGUCUCCUCCAUUCACAAACUCCUCGCUCUGCACGCCACAUCAUCCACCGUAUCAUCCGUCCGUCAACCAGCAAGUAGCCAUGCAAAUGGCAGCUCACGUCCAGAUGCACGGAGUUACCGCAAGUUACGACCAGAAGCCAAACUUCUUGGCAAAGUGCCAGCACCCACAACAACAGUAUGGGAAGGCGUUCCAGUAUGUGAAGUCUCCCGACGGAACCGAAACCAGGGCGUUCGUUGCGGUGAGGAUACCGCAGGCUGUCCAAGCUCUGCAGGCGGACCACAGCAGACAAGCCCAGUUACCACCAAGCGACGCAGUCCUGCGUUCAGUGUCCCCCGCUAACUCGGACUCUUCGAAGCGGCCCACGAGGCCUCCCGACUACGAGACCGCGCUUCAGAGGCUCGAAAUGAUGAAGGAGAGGCAAAGGACAGCCUCUCCCGACUGCCUGAAGCUCUCAGCCAAGUCUGUGCCAGAGGGGGCACAUCCCCAGCAACCCUCGCAACAGCAGCAGCAAGUGCCGGAACUCAACAAAAAGCGCAAGGCCGCGUUGAAGAAGUGCGUCACGUUUUCGGACGAGGUCGUCUUAGUUGCUUGUGCCGAGGAAGAAGAGAGCGACUAUCUGCCGAAUCCGCUGCUUGAACGUGUGUACAGACAGCACGCAGCCAAGCAGGACUCCAAGGAAUGUCAGGACUUGUGUCAGUCCGAGGACUUGAACUCUGUGCACUCUUCGGACUCGUGUGACAGUGCUUACCAAGUGGAUGCGGUGGUGGUGGAUUCGGACAAUAAUUCUCAAGUUCCUUGCAAUCUGUGUCACAAGAAGUCUGUGUCCCCACCUACCGUGUACUGCCCAGACUGUGCCUUCUAUAUGUCGAGGUUUCAGAAAAGGACAUAACCCUUUCUUUUGUCUGCUGGGCAACUUUAAAGCCCAUUUUACAGUCUGUGAUAGUUGUCAGGGUUUGACAUGUUGCAGCGUUUUCUUAAGGCUAUGAUGUUAACGCACAUGCAGCAUUACUUUGCCAUUACAUGUAAAUGUACCAUUUAGUGCCUACUACUUCAUUGGUGCCGCUUGUUACAUUUUCUCACCCACCGUUUAUGCAUAGCUUACGCAUUUUGAACCAUGUACAAAUUGAACUUUUAAGACUUAUCAGUAAUCCACUACAGAUAGUAUUAUUUCCCUGUUGUUAGUUCAUGACAUUGUCCUCAAGAGUUUUAACAGUAUUUUUCAAAUUGUACAUAGUAUCUGUGAUCAACAAAUGAAUUUAGUAGUGUCCAGAAGUUUAGUGUGAAAUCUAAGGCAAAUUCAUUCUACAAAAAGUCCCCCAACAAUCUAGGUGUCACCUAUGAAAGCCAGUAAAUCAACAACCACCAGGCUGAUAUGGUGUACAUACCUUCUUCAUGUGUUCACAAAUUUAUUUAUUUAAAUGAGUUUGUAAUACGAUUGUUACUAUCAUUGCUUGUGAUACUAUGUGAAUUUGUAAACAAAAAUGUAUUAUACAGUAUUAAUUUAGUAGAAAAGGUUUGCAGACCGAAAUGAUCUCAAUGAAAGUUAUAAUACUGCAUGCAGUGCACUCUAUGUUUUACCUUCCCUUCUUUCCUAUAAAAACAUGCUUGGGCAACCUGGCUUGAUUUAAUGUGGAGCUAUGUGCAAGAUUUAGAACAGUUGGAAUGCCUAGCAAGAAAAGAGUGCUUGCUCAAGGUUAUCUUCCCAAGUGCCAAAGUCUAAAAUGUUUCAAUUUCUUUUUUUGUAAAAAAAAACAAGUCAUUGCAAUAAAGCAGUUACUUUCUCAAAAA